ACAAGCGUCAAACAUCAGCCUCAGUUUAGUAACCCAAACAAGCUACAAUGACAAGCCACCUGGCCAUAAAAUCUUCACCAUUGCUGCUUCAUGGACCAUUGAUUGGUUCUCAAUCUUCUUUGCCCCACCACCACCACCACCCUCACUAUCACCCACAAUUUCCACUUCCUUUUUUCCCUCCUCAAAAGCCUAACUAACACACAUUGGCCUAACUAAAAUUCUCAUAAAUCACCUUCACUUCUUUUUUUCAUUAGAUUAUACAUUAGUUGUUUGGUCUCAAUCUUCCUUUCACUUCCUUUGGCCUAAUUAACAGUUUAUAUAAAUCAACUUCACUUCUUUUUUUCACUAAAACAUACAGUGAAAGAGAAACACAAGAGUCUUUUCUUGAACUGGAGUUCUAGUGAAAGAUGUAUUCAACUGUGUUUUACACUUCAGUUCAUCCCUCCACUUCAGUUUUUUCAAGAAAACAGCUACCUUUAUUGAUAUCCAAGGACUUUCCUGCAGAGUUGUAUCAUUCUUUACCUUGUAAGAGUUUGGAAAAUGGGCAUAUCAAGAAGGUUAAAGGAGUAAAAGCCACACUAGCUGAAGCUCCAGCUACUCCUACAGAGAAGAGUAACUCUGAGGUUCCACAGAAGAAGUUGAAAGUACUUGUGGCAGGUGGUGGGAUUGGAGGAUUAGUUUUUGCUUUGGCAGCAAAGAAAAAGGGGUUUGAUGUAUUGGUGUUUGAGAGAGAUUUAAGUGCUAUAAGAGGUGAGGGGCAAUAUAGAGGUCCAAUUCAGAUACAGAGCAAUGCAUUGGCUGCUUUGGAAGCAAUUGAUAUGGAUGUUGCUGAAGAGAUCAUGAAUGCUGGCUGUAUCACUGGUCAAAGGAUUAAUGGCUUGGUCGAUGGUAUUUCUGGCAACUGGUAUUGCAAGUUUGAUACGUUCACUCCAGCUGUGGAACGUGGACUUCCUGUGACAAGAGUCAUCAGCCGCAUGACUUUGCAACAGAUUCUUGCACGUGCUGUAGGGGAGGAUGUAAUUAUGAAUGAAAGUAAUGUAGUAAAUUUUGAGGAUGAUGGGGAGAAGGUUACUGUGGUUCUUGAGAAUGGACAACGGUUUACAGGUGAUCUUCUGGUUGGUGCUGAUGGCAUAAGGUCUAAGGUACGGACUAAUUUGUUCGGACACAGUGAAGCUACUUACUCUGGUUACACUUGUUAUACUGGAAUUGCAGAUUUCGUUCCUGCUGAUAUUGACACAGUUGGGUACCGAGUCUUUUUGGGCCACAAACAGUACUUUGUUUCUUCAGAUGUGGGUGGAGGCAAGAUGCAGUGGUAUGCAUUUCACAAUGAACCAGCUGGUGGUGUGGAUGCUCCAAACGGUAAAAAGGAAAGAUUGCUUAAAAUAUUUGGGGGAUGGUGUGACAACGUUAUAGACCUAUUAGUUGCCACAGAUGAAGAUGCAAUUCUUCGUCGUGACAUCUAUGAUAGACCGCCAACAUUUAAUUGGGGAAGAGGUCGUGUUACAUUGCUUGGGGACUCAGUCCAUGCUAUGCAGCCUAAUUUGGGUCAAGGAGGAUGCAUGGCCAUAGAGGAUAGCUAUCAACUAGCACUGGAACUUGAGAAAGCAUGGAGCCGAAGUGCUGAGUCCGGAAGCCCUAUGGAUGUCAUCUCAUCUUUAAGGAGCUAUGAAAGUGCUAGAAAACUUCGAGUUGGAGUUAUCCAUGGACUGGCUAGAAUGGCUGCAAUCAUGGCAUCAACUUACAAGGCCUAUCUUGGUGUCGGACUUGGUCCAUUAUCAUUUUUGACCAAGUAUAGGAUACCACAUCCUGGAAGAGUUGGUGGAAGAGUAUUUGUGGACUUGGGAAUGCCUCUAAUGUUAAGUUGGGUUCUAGGAGGCAACGGCGACAAGCUUGAGGGUAGAAUACAACAUUGCAGGCUAUCUGAGAAAGCAAAUGAUCAAUUGAGAAGAUGGUUUGAAGAUGAUGAUGCUUUAGAGCGUGCUACUGAUGCAGAGUGGUUACUGUUACCUGCAGCGAAUGGCAAUUCUGCUUUAGAAACUAUUGUUUUAAGCAGAGAUGAGGAUGUCCCUUGCACUAUCGGGUCUGUCUCGCAUACAAACAUUCCCGGAAAAUCAGUAGUUUUACCUUUGCCACAGGUGUCUGAAAUGCAUGCCCAAAUAUCCUGCAAAAACAACGCAUUUUUUGUAACUGAUUUUCAGAGUGAACAUGGUACUUGGGUUAUAGAUAAUGAAGGCAGAAGAUAUCGGGUGUCUCCAAACUUCCCUAUGCGUUUUCAUUCAUCAGAUGUAAUCGUAUUUGGUUCUGAUAAGGCAGCAUUUCGUGUAAAGACAAUGAAAUUUCCUUCAAAAACUGCUGAAGCGAAGGAAGAGCGCAAAGUCGUGGGGACAGCAUAAACGGGAAAUUUGUACAGCAUUUUAUAGAAACAUCAGACAUUGUAGAAGAUUGAUAAACAAAACAGAUUCAACAAAUACAGAGAUUAUUUGGCUUUCUUCUAAAGAACGUGGAAAAAGUGAUGGUCAUUGUUUCUUAUUCUACCAUUUCCUAAAUGUAUAGAGAAAGUGAUGGUCAUUGUUUCUUAUUCUACCAUUUCCUAAAUAUAUACUAAUUCUCUAUGUAUAUACAAUUAUAGGCCAGUUUCCUUCAUGAAUUUCUUUUAUAGAUUUUCGUAUUUGUAAGUCUUCAUUCAAAAUUAACUACUAUUUUUUACUUUUA